AAAUGCAGAUUCCCUACAGCACCACACACACUACCACCUCAUAUUCUUGGUAACUUUACAUCCCUUGUUUCCCCGCAUCAAUCAUGAAUUCGUUCAAGAAAAUGUUCCAAAAGUAAGUCGACCGUUCUCGUGUUCUACUCAUUAUCAUCAUACUGAUCAAUACCGCUCAGGUCCAACGACGACCAGAAGGUAUCGCUUAAGCACUCCAAGUCGAUGCCAUACGGAUUCUCUUCAGAAGGGAGGAAGCGCGAGCCUCCUCAUGCCGAUCCUUCCAAACCCUGCAUACCGUGGCAAGACUCCCCUUAAAAAAUCCGACAUUGUGUACGUCGAGCAAGCCCCGGGGAUACUCGAGAUCUAUCACGGCAAACUGUCGCAACACACCUACUACCAUGAGCCAACUCGUACAAACGUUGACACGGACUUGCUGGCCAAGUUUCCCUAUUCCCCUCAACCAACUGAGGGCCUCCCUCGCAGCGGUUUCAGAGCACUUUCUUUGAACUCAAAGAAUACCAAGCCCCAAAUUCCUAUCCAUAAUUGGGGUACAAGUGGUCAACAAGCCUACCCUUCCAUUCCCCGCAGAAACCAGAGGCAUGAGGUCACCGUUGAUCAAGCUUCGGCGGAUGUACUUCGGACCCCUGGUGAUACUCGCAGUGGCAGACUGGCAGAACGUAUUCGCGCCAAGUCGAGCACUGAUCGCUCAAACAUCUCUGCUCCUCCCGCUCCUGCUCCCCCUCUUCCUACCACCCGUGCCCCACAUCCAAUACUCUCGCGCUCCGCACACAGCUCACGCGUAAAUGUCCGGGAAGUUCCAUCCCAUGUCGCGGUCCCGACUCCUGCGCCAGCAUAUCCACAGUCCUACUGGCCUUACUCCCAAUACGAUGAGAUUUCACAUGAGCAGGACCCGACCGUCCUCCGUAGAAUGAUCAAUCGCUAUCCCUUGGCGCCUGUUUGCAGCAAGCACUGCCCAGAGCAUAUGCGUCCCAUGUACCUUGACAUGGGCGAGCCGCGCCCUGUCGAGAGGACACUCCAAUGGUACAUCCAUAUGUCAUUGGCCGAACGUCGUCCCCUCGAUGUACGCGCUGGUGGCCGUUACCGCCGCGUCGUUGAUAUGAGUAACAUGGACAUCAUCUGAACUAAUUGGUCUCAGCAGGGUCAUCAUCAGUUAUUUUGUGGAGACGGUAGUUAGUUUUUGAAGAGAGUUUUGGUGCUGGUUUACCUACUCGCAUAUGUCGUGUGUUAUGUAUAUGAAUAUGAAUAUGAUUUAUGAAACGGAA